UUGCCGUUAUCAUACCAUCCUUCAAGUCACGUGAGCUGCGCCUCCUUUCUGACAAACCUUCUUUUGCCAUAGUCCUUCCAUUGCAUUAUAGCUAUGCCGAAUGGCGCCUAACCUCCUCCUCCUCCUCUUCUUCUUCUUCUUCUUCUUCUUUUCUUCUUCUUCUUCUCUUUGUUUAGUUUCUCUCUCUGCAACACCCAUGGAGGUUAAGCUUUCCCAUCUUCAUUCUUUUGCAGUUGGGUUUUAGAAUAUUGAGAUAUAUAUUAUGGUUUUUCUUAUGGGUAUGGAGUUGAAACGCUUCUUUUUUAUUUUCAUCAUCUGCUUCGACCUCUGCAUUUUGAGUUCCAAUGGCGCUACACUCCAGAAUGAGAUUAUUAUCGAGAGAGAAAGCUUGGUUUCUUUCAAAGCUUCGUUGGAGACCUCUGAAAUUCUGCCAUGGAACUCAUCGGUUCCUCACUGCUUUUGGGUCGGAGUUUCUUGUCGACUCGGUCGAGUUACAGAGCUCUCUCUUUCGUCUCUUUCACUCAAAGGCCAACUAUCUCGGUCCCUUUUCGAUCUUUUGAGCCUCUCUGUUCUUGACCUUUCAAACAACUUACUCUAUGGCUCAAUACCACCUCAGAUAUAUAAUCUUCGGAGCCUGAAGGUUCUCGCUCUCGGUGAAAAUCAGUUUUCCGGCGACUUCCCUAUCGAGCUCACUGAGUUGACUCAACUGGAGAAUCUCAAGUUGGGGGCUAAUUUAUUCUCAGGUAAAAUCCCGCCGGAGCUUGGAAAUUUGAAGCAGUUACGGACCCUUGACCUCUCCAGCAAUGCCUUCGUCGGAAAUGUUCCGCCCCACAUCGGAAACUUGACGAAGAUUUUAUCCUUGGACCUCGGCAACAAUCUUUUAUCAGGUUCACUCCCAUUGACCAUCUUUACUGAGCUUACAUCUUUAACUUCUCUAGACAUUUCAAACAACUCCUUUUCGGGUUCAAUCCCACCUGAAAUUGGUAAUCUAAAGCAUUUGGCUGGCCUUUAUAUCGGCAUUAACCAUUUUUCCGGUGAGUUGCCUCCUGAAGUUGGUAACCUUGUAUUGCUGGAGAACUUUUUUUCGCCGUCUUGUUCUCUAACUGGUCCAUUGCCUGAUGAACUAUCCAAGCUGAAAUCAUUGAGCAAACUGGAUCUUUCAUACAACCCACUUGGGUGUUCAAUCCCGAAAACGAUUGGUGAAUUGCAGAACUUGACUAUAUUGAAUUUGGUUUACACUGAGCUUAAUGGUUCUAUACCUGCUGAGCUUGGGAGGUGUAGAAAUUUGAAAACAUUGAUGCUUUCGUUCAACUAUCUAUCUGGGGUGUUGCCACCAGAGCUUUCCGAGCUUUCCAUGUUGACAUUUUCCGCUGAGAGGAAUCAGCUUUCUGGGCCAUUACCUUCUUGGUUUGGCAAAUGGGAUCAUGUCGAUUCUAUUUUACUUUCGAGUAAUCGAUUUACUGGCGGAAUCCCACCUGAGAUUGGAAAUUGUUCGAAGCUUAAUCACCUUAGUUUGAGCAAUAACUUGUUGACAGGUCCAAUACCUAAAGAAAUAUGUAAUGCUGCAUCCUUGAUGGAGAUUGAUCUUGACAGUAAUUUCCUUUCGGGUACUAUUGAUGACACAUUUGUGACGUGUAAAAACCUUACACAGUUGGUUUUGGUAGACAAUCAGAUCGUUGGUGCAAUACCGGAGUACUUCUCAGACCUUCCCCUACUGGUUAUCAACCUUGACGCCAACAAUUUUACAGGUUAUUUACCAACAAGUAUAUGGAACUCAGUGGAUUUGAUGGAAUUUUCCGCUGCAAAUAACCAGUUAGAGGGUCAUCUCCCUCCAGAAAUUGGUUAUGCAGCUUCCCUUGAGAGGCUUGUCCUCAGCAACAACAGGUUGACAGGCAUAAUACCAGAUGAAAUUGGAAAUCUCACAGCCCUUUCUGUUCUAAAUUUGAAUUCAAAUCUGCUCGAAGGAACUAUUCCUGCCAUGCUUGGAGAUUGCAGUGCACUUACCACAUUAGACCUUGGAAACAACAGUUUAAACGGAUCGAUUCCAGAAAAACUUGCAGACCUUUCUGAAUUACAGUGCUUAGUUCUUUCGCACAACAAUUUAUCUGGAGCAAUACCAUCCAAGCCAUCAGCUUAUUUUCGACAGUUGACCAUUCCUGAUUUGAGCUUUGUUCAGCAUCAUGGAGUUUUCGAUCUGUCUCAUAAUAGAUUGUCUGGUACCAUACCUGAUGAACUGGGGAACUGUGUUGUGGUGGUGGAUCUUUUACUCAACAAUAAUCUACUUUCUGGAGCAAUACCUAGUUCUCUCUCUCAGUUAACAAACCUCACAACCUUGGACUUAUCUAGCAAUACGCUUACUGGUCCUAUUCCUGCAGAGAUUGGCAAGGCACUCAAGCUUCAAGGCUUGUAUCUUGGGAAUAAUCGCCUUAUGGGAAUGAUCCCAGAAAGCUUCAGUCAUUUGAAUAGCUUGGUAAAGUUGAACUUAACUGGUAAUAGGUUGUCUGGUUCGGUUCCAAAAACGUUUGGUGGUCUGAAAGCUCUAACUCAUUUGGAUUUAAGUUGUAAUGAGUUGGAUGGUGAUCUUCCUUCUUCUCUGUCCAGCAUGUUGAAUCUUGUCGGGCUUUAUGUACAGGAGAACAGGCUUUCUGGUCAGGUUGUUGAACUUUUCCCAAGUUCCAUGUCAUGGAAGAUUGAAACUUUGAAUUUGAGUGAUAAUUAUUUAGAGGGUGUACUUCCACGAACAUUGGGCAACCUAUCAUACUUGACGACUUUGGAUCUUCAUGGAAAUAAGUUCGCAGGGACAAUCCCUUCAGAUCUUGGGGAUCUUAUGCAACUUGAAUACUUAGAUGUCUCGAACAACAGCCUUUCAGGGGAGAUUCCAGAGAAAAUAUGCAGCCUCGUCAAUAUGUUUUACCUGAAUUUGGCUGAAAAUAGUCUUGAAGGUCCAAUUCCGAGAAGUGGGAUUUGCCAGAAUCUAUCCAAAAGUUCACUUGUCGGUAACAAGGAUCUUUGUGGGAGAAUCCUGGGUUUCAAUUGCCGGAUCAAAAGCUUAGAGAGAUCUGCAGUCUUAAAUUCUUGGAGUGUUGCUGGGAUUAUCAUUGUUAGCGUUCUUAUCGUUCUAACUGUGGCAUUCGCAAUGCGAAGACGGAUCAUUGGAAUCCAGAGAGAUAGUGAUCCAGAGGAAAUGGAGGAAAGCAAAUUAAACAGUUUCAUAGACCCCAAUCUCUAUUUCUUAAGUAGCAGCAGAUCAAAAGAGCCUUUAAGCAUCAAUGUGGCUAUGUUCGAGCAGCCCCUUCUGAAGUUAACUUUGGUUGAUAUCCUGGAAGCGACCAAUAACUUCUGUAAAACUAACAUUAUUGGAGAUGGAGGAUUCGGGACCGUCUACAAGGCAACUUUGCCUGAUGGAAAAGUUGUUGCUGUGAAGAAGCUAAGCGAAGCAAAAACACAAGGGCAUAGAGAAUUUAUUGCUGAAAUGGAAACUAUAGGAAAAGUGAAGCAUCAUAAUCUUGUUCCACUGCUUGGCUACUGUUCUCUUGGGGAGGAGAAGCUCCUUGUGUAUGAGUAUAUGGUGAAUGGUAGCUUAGAUCUUUGGCUGAGAAACCGAACCGGUACUCUCGAAAUCCUCAAUUGGGAGACUCGCUUCAAAGUUGCUUCAGGUGCAGCCCGUGGACUGGCAUUUCUUCACCAUGGAUUCAUUCCCCACAUCAUUCAUAGAGAUGUUAAAGCAAGCAAUAUACUCCUCAACCAAGACUUUGAACCAAAAGUUGCUGACUUUGGAUUAGCAAGAUUGAUCAGUGCUUGUGAAACUCAUGUCACAACUGAGAUUGCUGGAACGUUUGGUUACAUCCCACCGGAGUACGGGCAGAGUGGGAGGUCGACAACAAAAGGUGAUGUGUAUAGCUUUGGUGUGAUUCUACUGGAAUUGGUAACUGGGAAGGAACCAACUGGACCUGACUUUAAAGAGAUUGAGGGUGGAAAUCUAGUUGGUUGGGUGUUUCAGAAGAUCAACAAGGGCCAAGCUGCAGAUGUUCUUGAUGCCACAGUUCUGAAUGCUGACUCAAAGCAUAUGAUGCUUCAAACCCUUCAGAUUGCCUGUGUUUGCUUGUCAGAAAAUCCUGCUAAUAGACCUUCCAUGCUUCAGGUAUUGAAGUUUCUUAAAGGGAUCAAAGAUGAGUAAAUUUUAAUGUUCCAUAGAAUUGGAACUUGGAAGGAUAACGAAAAAAUUGUACUUUGAGUUGAGAAUAACACUGUAAAGAAGUAUUUAGCACUAUAUGAUCAAAAUCCUUCGGUUGUAAUCCAUUUUAUCAACUAAUCUAAUCUAAACUAAUCUAAUCAACUUUGUCACUA